AUGCAUGCGAGCACGCUGCCCAAACCAUUUCCAAUCGUGGAAACCGACUAUCUCCAAUUGAAAUUGGACAGUUUCGCGAAAUUCAACAUGGCGAGGAUGUAUGCAAAUGAGCCGCAAGAGAAAAUCAACAUCCUUCAAGAGAUUUACGACACCGAGCGUGCCUAUGUCACGUCGUUGACCAUUGUUGAUGAGAUUUUCAUCAGCCAACUCGACGUGAUGUGUCCCAAAUCUCGAAAAUGCUUUCGCGCCAUGUUCGGAGAGAUAUCGGCCAUCGGCAAGACACACCAAAUCCUUUUGGAACACCUUCGCACCAAGCCAAUUGCCGAGGUCUUCUCGAAAUUUAUGCCUUUUCUCAAGUUGUACACCAGCUACGCAUCACACUAUCCAAAUGCGCUGAAAGUCCACGCUAAAUUGAUGUCUCGCAGUGACUUCCGCAAAGCCAUCGCCUCUAUAGAAGCCGAACCAAGUGUCGAAGGACGCCGACUCCAGGCUUUCCUCAUCAUGCCAAUCCAACGCAUCCCUCGCUACAUUAUGCUUAUUCAGAACUUGAUGAAUUACAGUACCGAUAUGGAUGACAUGAGAAAUUUGUAUAAAGCGUUGUCUGGAAUGCAAGGACUUACGGAACAAAUUCAAUCGUGCAUGCUGGCUUAUGAGAAUGGUGAGCGUCUUUUCGAGAUCCAACUCAACUUUGGAUUGGAUGGACAUGUUCUCGAGCCAGGACGUGUGUUGUUGAAAGAGGGAAUGUUGUACAAAAGAGAACUCAACGGAACUGCCAACUAUCAGGAGACCGCGGUCUUUUUGUUCAACGACAUCAUUCUCUACGGAACCAAGAAACUCAGUGUGAUGCCACUUUGCAAGUACGACCCAUCAGCGAUUCUCUCACUCCGUCACUGCAUUGUUCAACUUGAUGACAUUGGUGGCAGCAUUUUCAUCCGUUGUGGAGACGUCGGCGUGGAUUUCACUGCCUACUCACUGGGAAGUGUCGAUGAGUGGUACAAUGACAUUUGCGACGCUAUUGAUAACGCCAAGAAGCUCCGUGAUACGUUGCGCAAAGAGAGUUUCAAGCAAAAGGCAAUCGUUUUUGAUAGAGGAUUCUGGCAGAAAAAUCGCGAUCGCCUUCGCAACACACUAUCCAACGAUGUGAUGCCACACUUGAAUCGUGUCCUCUCGAGAAAGAAGCCACUUCCGAAACUCGGUGAGAAUGACUUCCUUCGUGGGCAGUGGACUACUUCUACUAUUGCAUCCAACCGCAAGCGCCAAGUCUUUGAAGACGCACAGGGUAGCGAUAUAGGAGGCAUUGGAUGGGUUGUGUCGGCGUCUCCACCAAAACGCUUUCGCCAAGUGUACUCCUAUGAGAUCGACGAACCUACCAAUAAUGUCGACGAAGGGACGGACGUUAUCGAGAAGCUAGAAAUGAGUGAUGUCACUCUUACACAGCCAACUACUGUAUUGCACCCAAUUGCUUCCAUGCACAACCGUCCAUUGCCAAGCUCGAUUGACGAGAACUGGACUGCAGAGUUUGAUUGGACUGAAGAUGAAGUGUUUGUGCGAGAGAACAAGAAGAUUCGUCGCGUUAGCAGUUACGAUGAGGAGGAUCGCCGUCGUCGCAGUCCAGGAGGUGUCCGCCGUCAGGUUGCUUCCGCACCACCCAAGCAACAACGUCGUCAACUCGCAGUCGACGAUAUUCGCAAAUUGAGCUAUCAGCAGCGCACCUUGGAGCCAUUCAACAUGAUGAGCGACGACGACGACUCCGACAACGAUGAGGACGACAUCGAGCUCAAAGUCAAAGGAGAACGUCCACGUCCAUGGUGGGAAACCGAGUCAGCGCCGCCAGUCAUUAAGAACCAGAAGAUGUCGCUCAUCGACUCUGUUCGCAAUAACUGCUCCAUCAUGUGA